GCUCGGAAAAGCCGACGCCAGCCAUCGCCGGAUACGUAAAAUGCAUAGACCCAAUCGGCCUCCACAAGGAGGAUGAUGGCUUAGUGCCUCGGGAUGUAACAAAGCCCGGGACAAGGUUUCCCAUCAAACGCGUGAGAUGAAGCCGGUCGAUUGAAGAGCUGCUUCUGCUAUCUGCCUAGUUGUAUGUACUCUAACACCCACGAUGCCGUAUCCGUCAACCUUUCCGCCGCUCGAUAUUCCUGAAGCGGUAGAUCUCUGGACGCUCCUCCUCGGCGACAGGCAUAGGGACUUCCCCGUCACCAAGGAGAUUCUAACAUGCGGCGAAACCGGCCGUUCGUACACCUGGGCCGAUCUGCGCAGCGCCUCCAUCGAGUUUGGCAAGGGACUGAAGGCACUCUGGGAAUGGAAGAAGGGCGAUGUGCUGGCGUUUUAUACGCCCAACUCGAUUGACACCCCCAUCCUCACGCUGGGCGCACUCUGGGCUGGCGGCACCGUAUCCCCCGCCAAUCCCCUCUACACCGUCGACGAGUUGGCCUUCCAGCUCCGCGACUCCGGCGCCAAGGGCCUCGUCACCCAGCCCGCCCACCUUGCCACGGCCCUGGCGGCUGCUCAGAAAGCCAACCUGCCACCCGACCGCAUCCUCCUCCUCGGUCCGAACCGCGAUCCCAGCGGCCGCAUCCGCCACUUCACCAGCAUCCGCAGCCCCGGCUCCGCCGGCCACGACGACGCCAGGCCUCCCAUCCACCCGCGCACCGACCUCGCCUUUCUCGUCUACAGCUCCGGCACCACGGGUCUGCCCAAGGGCGUCUGCCUGACCCACCGCAACAUGGUGUCCAACGUUCUGCAGGCGAGCUACGUCGAGGGCAGCCAGUGGCGGAGCCGGGGCGGGCCGGACGGCCAGGGCGACAAGCAGCUGGGCGUGCUGCCCUUCUUCCACAUCUACGGCCUGACCUGCGGCGUGCUCAUGUCGGUGUACGAGGGCUGGCAGCUGGUGGUGCUGGAGCGCUUCGACAUGGAGCGCGCCCUGCGCGCCAUCGAGCGCUAUCGCAUCACCUUCGCCUACGUCCCGCCCCCCGUCGUCCUGGCCUUCAGCAAGCACCCGGCCGUGGACGGCUACGACCUGACCUCGCUCAAGGUGUUGCACUCGGGCGCCGCCCCGCUGACGAGGGAGCUGACCGAGGCCGUGUGGAACCGCCUGCGCGUGCCGGUGAAGCAGGGGUUCGGCCUGUCCGAGACGAGCGCCGUCGUGUGCUGCCAGGUGGUAGAUGAGUGGGCAAAGUUCAUGGGGUCCGUCGGGAAGCUGAUGCCGAACAUGGAGGCCAAGAUUGUGGGAGAGGACGGGAGAGAGGUGGCAGACGGAGAAGAGGGAGAGUUGUGGCUGAAAGGACCCAACGUGUUUCCCGGAUACUUCAAGAACCCAGAGCGCACCAAGGAGGCUUUCUCGCCCGACGGCUUCUUCAAGACGGGGGAUGUCUUCAGGCGAGAUAAGUAUGGGAACUUCUACUGCGUGGACCGGCUCAAGGAGCUCAUCAAAUACAAUGGCUACCCCGUCCCACCGGCCGAACUAGAAGGGGUGUUGAUAAGCCACCGGGAGGUGGCGGAUGCCUGCGUCAUUGGAGUUGAGGACGCUGCCAAGGCCACCGAGGUACCCCGGGCGUACGUCGUCCUGCGCGACGGCGUGAAGGCUAGCGAGACCAAGGCACAGGAGCUUGCGGACUGGGUGGCAACCCAAGUCGCUCCCCACAAGAAACUCCGCGGUGGCAUACGGUUCGUCGACCAGGUGCCCAAGUCGCCGAGCGGCAAGGUGCUGAGGAGGAUAAUGCGGGAACGGGCGAAGGAGGAGCAACGGCGCUCGGGUGCCAAGUUGUGACGCGCCGAGACCAGACAUCUCUCUCUCUCUCUCUCGGGGCUGUAACAAUGGAACAUCACCAUUGACUGAAUGUAGGGAAGAGAUAGUCUAUUAAUCAUGGGAGUCCAUCUAUCGUCUAU